GAGAGAGAGACUGAGGGGCAGUUAGGAAUUGCUCUACUGUUGAUAAGGAUGCUGGUUCCUUCUCACCGCUGUAGGAUUUGGAGAUUCAUCCUGAGAGUGAACUCUAUGCCAUUUCAAAGAAGUCAGCAUCUUCUCCAUCUGUAUGUCAAGUGACCUUGUUAUACAACUGGUGUGCCUGAAAAACUGCUUGUUCUGAACUGGGAAUGGAAGAAAAGGGGCAGGCAACCACUAAACUGUCAGAUAAUUAAUAAUUAAGCUGGACACAAUAAAAAGAUUUAAGGGUCAGUCAGAGGUUGUGAACUGCUCUACAUCUCCACAUCACACAUUUCACAUCAACGCAACAGCAAGCAUUCUCUGAUUGAUCUGUAAUUGUUACACAGUUCAAAGAAGUAUCCAUAAUUUCCCAACAAAGGAAACAAACAAACAAAAAAAAACCCUGUAUAAUACACCAAGGAGAUGGAGGGCAUGGGAUUAGGCCAUUUCAUGUUAGCUGUGGCUGGUCUCUUGCUUGGGAGGUUCCUGGUGGUCAGGAGCCAGAAUGACACAGAGCCCAUCAUUCUGGAGGGGAAGUGUUUGGUGGUGUGCGACUCCACUCCGACUGCAGAGCCCACUAACAAUGCAUUAGGAAUGUCAGUGCGCUCCGGGACUGGGCGGGUGGCAUUUUCUGCCAUCCGUAAUACCAACCACGAGCCAUCAGAAAUGAGCAACCGGACGAUGACCAUCUACUUCGACCAGGUCUUGGUGAAUGUUGGCAGCCAUUUUGACCCGGCACGGAGCAUCUUUGUGGCGCCCAGAAAGGGAGUCUAUAGCUUCAGCUUCCAUGUGGUAAAAGUUUACAACAGACAGACGAUACAGGUAAGUCUAGUGCUGAAUGGUUGGCCAGUGAUCUCAGCCUUCGCUGGGGACCAGGACGUGACACGUGAGGCAGCAACCAAUGCCGGGCUUGUCACCAUGGAGAGAGGAGACAAAGCUUACCUCAAACUGGAGCGGGGAAACCUGAUGGGUGGCUGGAAGUACUCUACCUUCUCUGGGUUUCUUGUAUUCCCGUUAUAGAAGUUUCAAGGGUAGGGGUAUACAACUCCAGGUGCAAACAAAAAAUAAAUAAUAAUACAUGUAUAAUAAUAAAAACAAGAAAAAAUGAAAACAAAAUGUGCUAAUUUAUGGCAUAAAAUAUGAACAUUUAUAAGAUAGCUGUCAAAGUCCUAAUACAGAUACAGAUUUAGCACUUUUUACCCAUGAAGUGGCCAGUCAGUUACAUUAACUGUUUGAACUACCUGUGAUUACAAAGUCCUGUACUGGGAACUGGACUAAAGGCCCAGUAUUGACCUCUGCACUUACAGAAUGACAAAGAAGGCAAGACAGAGAUAGAAUUUCAUACAAACAGAUUUUAUUGGGACACUAUAUAAGGUGAAAAUGUACUUGAAUCAGUGCAUGGGCAUCCCCAUAUAUUUAUAGCUUCUAAAUGAGUUUCAACUAUUUUCAAAACUGAUAAUAAUAUAUUUACUUUUCUUCUCUUCUAUAUCUUAUGCUGGUGAUUUUGGUAGCUAGUCAUUGUCAUUGUAUUCAUUUAAUUUGCAUGGCUUCAUCAUACAAUGUCAUCUGGAGCAAAACCUGUGAGAUAAUCCAAUGUGUGAUGUGGCCAUUUUAUCAAGAUCAAAGUGCAAACGGACACAGGUGGAUAUGUGGCCACGGGCUACUUUCUAUUUAUUAUCGCCCACACCCUCUGUUAAUAUAGAGCCAAAUAGAUUACUGUGAACACUUUGCCAAUCUUGGCUAUGGCCAUUCAAGCUAAAGGUAUGUGUGUAUUGGACAUGGUCUCUUGUUCUGUGUCCUGUGUAGACAGUAGGAGGUAAUUAAACAUGACCACACACUGCACAGUGCACAAGGGUCAAAGCCAAGAUGUACACCAUCCUCCAAAACCCUGGAACAUCCUUGUGAAAUGGCCUGUGCUUUAAUUAAACCGCUCUCAUGAA